ACAGACAUAACCUUGCCACCCCCUGCACCCACAGCACCAGUCUGCUGAGGCCAAGCGUGGGUGAUCAUCCUCGGUCCUCCCUCUGGCCACCCAGGGGAAGGCGUGGGCCGGAGCCGCACGAGGGAACCAGAACAGGGACGCACCUCCCCCACCCACUGAGGAGCAGCGCAGCGGGGCGUUUCCAGCCGCCAUCCUGGAGGUCCUUGCACCCAACUCCCUUCACCUGCCGCAGGGAGAGAUGCAGAAAGACACUUCACAGCUGCCUACGUCCGCGCCCCGGGCCUCAAGCACUGCCAUGAGUGGAGGCCGGCAGGCCAGCGUGUCAGGGGUCUCUAGCAAGAGUGAGGCUGGGCACCGAAGCGGUUCCAAAUCCCACCAGAAGCCCACCAUAUCCAAGGUGAUCCUGAAGACUGUGGCAGACAAGGGAGUAGGCAAGCGCGUGUCCCUAGCCACCCUGAAGAAGGCUGUUGCCACCAUGGGCUACAACAUGGCACGAAACACCCGUUACUUCAAGCGUGUGCUCAAGGGGCUGGUGGACACGGGCAAGCUGAAGCAGGUGACUGGCAAGGGGGCCCUGGGCUCCUUCUGCAUGGGCAAGAAUCAGGCCUUCAAGUCCAAGCUCCAGGUCAAGAGAAGGCGGCAGCAGCAGCAGCGGAGGUCUGGGCAGCGCCGCCCUGGGCAGCGCCGCUCUGGACAGCGCCGCGCUGGACGGCGCAGGUCGCCAUUGGGCUCCAGACAGGGGCACAGGCGGCCCUUCAAGAGGGCCUGCAGAGGGGCCAAGGGCCGCUACCAUUAACGGGCCAGGCCAGCAAGUGGUCAGAGGCGCCAGGCCCGCCACAGGCUCAGUGCAGUGGAAAUAAAAGGAGCCUGACUUAUUUCA